GUUUUUUUUUUUGUUCAUACUGAACUUAACCAUGUCGGAGAGCAUUGGGAGGAAAAUCCAGCCUUUCACCAUCGGGACCAAACUCUCGGCGCCGGCCGUGCCCAAGUGCUCGGACUUGGUUCCAGAUGGUUACCUGCCGAAUCGCACGUUCUCCGAAAACUGCAAACUGAGGCACCUGAACGAACAGGUGUCUCUCUAUCUGGGCCGCUGCGGGUCGAAACACACACGUGAAGACCAACACCUGAACAGAAACGCAAGCUCCCCGAACACUGCGUCCAGAUCCAUCCGCAAGAUCACCAUCUCCAGCCGGACGGAGGCGUCGAAGGACAGACUGACUCCAGGGAUGGACCUGAAGAAAACAAGAGGCAAAUCUGAGAAUAUUAAUAACAAUAACAACAACACGCCGCUGCCUAAAAUAGUGGGUGUCAGCUGUGAGAAUAAACCCGACUCGCAUCUGAAGGUGUUGCUGUGUAAAGAUGGUGAGAAGCAGUGCAGUGCGGACCGAGAGAAAUCCACCGCUUCUCCACAGACUCAGAUACUCAAAACCCAAACAAGAAUGGAUGCGGUGGACGGUCCAGCCUGUGAGCUUUUGGUUUCAAACGUCUCAUCGGUGCAGAAUGACCACAGUUUCACCCAACAAAACACGCUUUUUAACAAGGAGAUCACUCAGGCUGAGGCGUGGAUCAGAGCGAAGCUACGAGACCUGCGGGACGGCGGUAACGGACAAAAAUGUCCUCUGACCGACUGGGAGGAGGUUUGCCAAACACUCCAGAGAGAUUUGAAGGACUUUGAGAACACAGUCAUACAACUCAACCAGAUGGGUGAGCAAUUAAUGUGCAAGCUUAACCCGACGUCUGACCUGGUGAAGAAACAGCUGGGUCAGAUCCGCGACCAAUGGAACGCGCUCAAACAGACGGCAGCCAAUCAAAUCAAGGCGAUGGGCGGAGCUAAGACUCUCCAGGAGUUUAACAAGAAGGUGGACCGUCUGGAGGCAUGGAUCAAAGAGAAGGAACGGGAACAAUCGCUGGCCAACAUCCUUGGGGAAAACACUGACAAGAUGCAGCUUACCAGGAAGAUACUGGAUUUGAAACAGGAUGAGCAGCUCUAUCAUAAUCUUCAUGAGGAGAUCAAUCUUAUGGCCAUCAGACUGGAAAAACAGGGAAAGGCAGAAGGGAAGACCAUCUCAACCCGCAGGAAACACAUCAACAAAAUGUGGCUAAAGGCUCAGUCGCACUUGAAAGAAUACCAUGAGAAUCUCCAGCUUGCCCUCGAAGUCUCAUCCUUCUACCAGCAGGCAGAUAAUGUUGUCUCUUCCAUCAAUAACAUGAGAAAAAGCCUCUCUCCGAGCAAUGGAGCGGAAAACGGCCGAGACGGGGAAAUUCGGGACGUUGCCAGUCAAAUCAUGAUGCUGGAUGUGACUGUUUCCCAGUUAUCCAAGCUUCACCCGGCGCUGGCGGCCCGGGUCACACAGAAGCAGAGCGAGUUAAAAGACUCCUGGGCCGUCCUCCAGAAGACUCUCAGGAACGAGAAGGCAGCUCAACUACCCUCGUUAAACAGGGACAGCAGUGACCCUGAAACCUCCAGCCCAGAGACGCCCGGCAGCGUGGGAACAGACACACACAGGAUUAUGGGAAAGGAGGUUAAAGAGGAACAAAAUCGUCUGAAGGGGUUUACGGGUGUGAGAGACGGCGAGCGCUUCGGGCAGCCUUCAGACGGCGUGGAGAUCCCAGCUCAUAUCAUGCUCAAACUCCAGACAGCCACUGAAAGCGGGAACGCGCCGAGGCCCGAGUCCACCGGCCACCCACCGCUCCACACGCAACUCCAGAAGUUCACCGUUUCUGCAGACAAGACUCUCUCCUGGCUCAAAGACAGCGUUGCGAUGGCCACUCAAAUGUGCAGUUUGGUCGGACCGAACGGUUUUGACGCGGCCAAGAGACGCCAGGCUUCACUGGAGCAAGAGAUCCUGUCCAACACAGCCAGGAUAGAGCUGGUCAAGAAGGAGGGUCACGGUCUGGUGAGGGCUCAGCAUCCGGGCAGCGUCAAGAUCCAGGAGUUUCUGAGUCAGCUGGAGGUCCUGUGGGACGAGCUGAAGAGAAGACAUGAGAGGAACGGACUGGUCCUGAAGGUCUCAGAGGAACUCAACUGCAGGGUGGUGCGGAUGCUGCAGGCGUUGGCCAGUCUGGAGGCCUGGUUAGAGGCGGUGGAGCUGUCCAUCACACAGGCGUCUCUGGCUGGAGACCCCGAGUCUGUGAGCGUGGCAGAGCAAGAGACCGGUCAGCUGGAGCAGGAGCUGGAGGCCCGAGGACUGGAGCUGCACAACCUCAGGCAUGAAGUCCAUCAUCUGAGCAAACAGAGACAUCUUCACUCUCAGCUGCUUCCAGCUCGACUGAAGGACGUGGAGAAGAAGUUCAGCAGUGUGCAAAUGGCACUGACCCAACAGAGCUCCGAGCUGAAGGACACGCGGAUGCUCACCGAGUUCCUGGAGAAGGUGGAGCUUGAGGAAAGUCACUACAGCACCGUGGGACAGCCGCUGUGCAGUGAACUGGACUCUGGGCCGUCUCUUCUGGGUUUACAGGGGAACGAACAUGAUGAGCCCCUGAUGGAAGCCUUCGGAAACCCUGUAAAGGAGCUCAGAGAAGCCGUGGAGAUGCUCAAUGAUACAGCGCGAGAGCGGGGCCGUUCGCAGUCACAUGACCAGAGCAUCCAGGAACUGCUCACCAGGCAUGCCAUGGUGUGUGUGCGCGUGGAGCAGUGUGUGCAGCGCUGUGCUGAACUGGCCAUAGAUGUGCUAGAGAUGGAGAGUGAGAUGGCUGUGAGGUGUGAGCCGGAUCGAUGUGGUCUGGAUGUCCUGCAGGAGUACCAGGACCAGCUGGAGGCUGAAUACGGGCUCUUAAAGGAGGAGGUCGAGGCCAUGACGAGUCUGGCGAGCCGUUUGUCAGAUGUUUGUCCGGAAAGGAUGAACGCUGUAGGAUCUGAGAUUCAGAACACUCUUCAUUCCUGGGAAGAGCUCGGCAAAAGUGUGUCUGAAAACAAGGAGAGACUCCUGCAGUUUGGGCACCUGCGCCAUUUCUUCAGGAACUACCUGGCUAUGAUCUCUUGGACAGAAGACACCCGCUCCUGCAUUUUCUCAGAAAGCGCUCUGCGUCAGAGCCGAGAGAACCAGGAGCCUCUGGUCGAGGUUCUGGAUCGGCAGAUCGAACAGAAGUUUGAGGAGUUUGAUCAGCUCACCGUGGCUGGAGAAAAACUCUUUGGCGCUGAGCAUCACCUUAACAAAAUGAUCAGAGAGAGGAUGGAGGAGCUGAGGAGCAUGCUGGGAUGGAUCCUGGUCCACUGGAGGGCUCAGAAGGAUCAGCUGUUGAGCAGACAGAAGGUUGAAGACCCUCGGACAGAUGCCAUUUACUCUGAAGCCACGGUCUGCACCUCGCAAACACAGGUGGAAACCUCAACCGAAGUGUCUCAGAACAAAAUAGAAAGCCUCAUUGGUGACAUGGAGGAUAGUUUGCAGCACAAUUAUGGAUAUGAGGUGAUGAAGAGUGUCAGUCCUAAAGGAAGCGAUGACAGCAGUCAUUUAGAGAGUCCGGAUUCACCGUACCUGGUUCUGGAGGAACCCAGUCCCACUGCUGUAGGAGGAACCGUCAACCUCAUCCUCAGCUUCAGUAACUCUGGAGACACACAGAUCCAGGUACAGGCACCUGGCAGGGAAAGUGGCGUGCCGGUGCCCGAGCCUGUGCACAGGCCUGCUGAGUCUCACUCUUCUGCCUGUAAAAGCUUUUGGAAGCGCUGCCAGGGGCUUUUUGGUAGUUUAAAGCAAAAGAAAAAGAUUUACCGACACAGUGCAGAAGAGGUAAGUACUUACUUGCAUGUUAUGGAAAACAACACGGCAGUAGCCCCAGUGUAUGAGAGUAUGACCCUACCCCGAGACAAAGCCCGGUGGCCCUCAUCCUCCCCUUGCACCUCUCCAUACCCCUCGACCUCCACAGAAGAACACGCCAACAACAACCCCUCUGUUCAUCUCUUGCCCAAGAACGGCAACAUCUCAAUCUUCAGCAGCCUGAAGAGGAAGAACAAGAAGGGGAAGAAGGAGAAAGAAGACCGUAGACACACCAUUCAGAAGAUCAUGGGAGAAAGAGUGUCAGAAGAGGCUUGUUUGCCACCUCUACAUGAACCAGUCGUAUAUGAUACGCACACUUGGCCCAUGAAGGAAAGGAAGAAGCGGAAAAAUGCAAGAAAACCAAACAGCGAUCAGACUCAGGUCUCGGACUACAUGAAGAACCCUUUGGUGAAAGACAUAGAUGCAGAAUGUUCUGGAGAGGUUCAUCACACCUUAGAGGUCGCCACCCACGGACAUGUGAAGAACCACUGCCGAUUUCUGUCCUUGGGCUCGGUGUUGAGCUUCGACCUGCCCAAGGAUAUGAGCCUCAUCCCUAGCAUUCAAGAUGUCAUUACAAUUGGCCCUCCCGAGCAAAAGAAGACAGACUCUCAACACCAGCACUCUCAGGUUGAUCGUCCAACACCCCUGAGCACCUUUAAAACGGCCCGCUCACCUCCGACGCAAAAAGAAAAGUCCAAACAAACUUCUCCAGGUGAAGUAAUCCUUAAGAUUGAUUGUAAAGACUCCAAUUCAUUCACUGAAGAUGAAUUUCCUCCUCCACCUUCUCCAGUCAUUGAACACAUCUCAUUUGAGGAGAAUCAUCCCUCAUUACUCCAACAGAAGCACCUAUCUGGGAUAAGUACAAUGCCCAAAGAAGAGGUGGAUAGUUGGGACACAAUGGGAACUAAACUUGACGACAAAGAAGACCACUAUGUAAGUCCUCCAGAAGAUGCAAACCAAGGGAUUUCCAAUCAUGGCUCGACUACAGCAGAGAUUCAUGUAUGUCCUAGCAUCCAUACCUUGGUUCACACUCUUAAUAGGUCAACAAAGACCUCAAGCACUCAAUUGAGUCCAAACCAUGCAUCUCAGGUGGUGUUUAACUUUAGAGCCAAUGGAAGAGAGGACUCGGUGGACUCGGGUCACUCCAGUUCUGGAAGUUUCAAGUUGUGUUCAGAGGGUUUGUACGUAGACUCCUCAGAGUGUCCAGUUCCCAAGAGGACCAUUGGGAAGGUACAAUCCCUGGAUUCAGGAGUCUCCAACAGGAACUUAGAGUUCUCCAAAGACAAAAGCCUUACUUUAUCAAUUGACGUUGAGGAUCCUGUUCAUCCUGACCACCAACAGUUUGAGCUGGAAGAGGAGGAGCUGGAGGACAUCUGGAACCACACCAACAGCUACCGACAGAGUCUAAACUCGGACAUCAUGUAUAACGGCUACCAGGCUUUGACAGCAACCUCUUCGCCAGACCAGCAUAGGGAACCCUCCCCCAAAGAACAAGCAGGACUCUUCAGAAAGUUGGUCACCGCCUCCGCACCCAACCUUCUUGUGGCGGAGUUUCGACUGCCACCGUCUGUCCAGUCUGUGGUGGGUUGUGGGAAGCCGCAGAACUCGGUGGAAGAAUGGCAAAUUCUGGAUAAAGGGGACAGAAAGUCAUGGGCCGCAUUCACUCAACGGGAACAGGUUUACAGACAGGUGGCCGUUAACGAAACCGCUUCAGAUCCGGUGAAACUACCCGAAAUAGAGGACCAGCAAAAGUAUAUCUACCAUUAUAGGGAGGAGGAAGAGGAGGAGGAGGAGAAGGAAACAGGGUUUAUGAAGGACCAGUCCAUGAGCCUCCUGUCUGUUCAUAUGGGAUUGGAUUGCACCAAUGACUCUGAUAUCCAGAGUGGAAGACAAGACCUGGAACUGCCGUCUAUGGAAGGUACACUGGAGAGGAAACACAAACUACAGCUGGGUGGAAAGAAGGCACCAUGCAGGACGUGGAACUCCUAUCAUGCUGUGCUGUACAAACAGACAAUAUGUUUCUAUCAGGACAGGAAGGAUGCACUCAAGAGCUGUGUGACGAGCCUUCCUCUCAACCUAAUUGGAGCAGUGUGUGAACCGUCGCCGGAGUACACCAAAAAACCCAACUGCUUUUGCUUGAGAUUGCACGAUGGAUCUGAGUAUCUCCUCAGUGCCUCCUCACGGUUUAUGAUGAAGAAAUGGAUCCUCAGAAUCCAGGCACACACUGCGUCCAGUGAUUCUGUAGCGAAUAGAUCGACGUGUCGUGGGUCUUCAGCUUCAGCGACGCUCUCUAGACACUCUCCUCCUAUCUCAGACUGUCAGUUUGGAGAUAAAUGUCACUGCUCUGUGAGAAAUUAUGUCACCACCACGGUUUUAGCACAGAGUCAGCCUACCUCAAGCCGAACCAAAGAGAUCAUAGUGCACACCGGUGACGCGCUGCAGAUCCAGCAAACGCAUCGGGAUCUGCUGCUCCCCACAUUCACAGAUGCAGGUCAUUCUGAGGAUGAGUUUGAGUCUCAUGACGAGUCUCUGAGACAGAAGUUGUCCUCUAUGUCCAGCAUUCAGGGCUGGACCGGUGAAAAGAGACGCUCACACUCCUUUACCUCAGCCACUUAUAAGAGGAUAAAGCCUGUAGCGCCCCCUUCAGGCAAAGGCCAGGACAGCAGCUCCAGCUACUCGGUGACUUUAUUCAUCGGAGAUAGAGAGAUGCCGUCGGUCUGUGGAAGCGCAGCGAUGGCCGACGAGUCCUUCUCCGAUCUGCCCAUGAGGAGCUACAUGAGCCUCCCGCGGCCUCCCAACAAAUCCGUCUUCAGGAAGUUCUUUGGGAAAAAGGAGUGACUGACACUUUCUGACUGACAUGUGCAGGACACAAGUUAAACGCUUCUGAAAAACUUCUUUCUUACAAUUUAUUUAUGGAUUUGAUGGCGAGAAUCAUUUUUAAAUGAGAUCUUGUAUGAUUGUUUAAUAUUCAUUCCUUCAACCGUUUUGAUAUCGGCCUUUGAAAUGUACUCAAAAAACCAACAUGACCCUUUCUUUCAUGGAACAUUAUAUUUACAUUUAUGCAUUUAGCAGAUGGUUUUAUCCAAAGCAAUUAGUCACAGAGCCAAUGAUAUUCAUGCCAGGUUUAUUAGAUUCAAAGAGGAGAAAAUGCAGAGAAGACAACCCUGGAAUAACAGUUCAUAAUUUCGGAUGACAAAAAGCAAUGCAUAUGACUUGUCCAUCAUAUUUUAAUUGCUCUAAAGUCAUAAAACAGCUUUGACUUGUGUGAGAAUCUUCCCUUGGUGCUUUUUUUUUUGUCAUUUUUUAGAGCUUGACUCUGAGCGUCAUGUAAAAGGGGUGUCCAGUCAUUCUGGAGGGCGACGAUCCUGCAGAAUUUAGCUUCAACUGUGUGGAUAUUUUUAGCAAUCCCAGACGCUUCAUUACCUGGUUCAGGUGUGUUUAAUUAAGCUUGUGGAGCAAAACUCUGCAGGAAAGUGGCCCACUGGAUGAAGAGAGUGAGAUAUUUGAGUUUACAACAUCCAAAGGGUGAGUUGAGUCUCAUUUAUUUUUUUCUCAUGCUAAAAGUUCCUUAUUCGCCAUUGUUGUUUUAAAUGUGCAUUAAUGAGUGAGGUUUGCUGUGGACAUGGUGACAGCUGCCAUAAUGAAUCUACUGAUACGAGACUUGUGAUAUGUAAUGUGUUCAGUGUUUCCACCAUAUUCCAGUUGAGGUGGUCUGAUGUGUUUUCAUUUGGACUGGAUCGCAAUAAUCAAUCUAGUCAUUGUUUAUUUUUUAUUAGGUUUUGGCACAUAUUAUUUGUCAGCUUGUCAUGUUUUUUCUGUGUUGGUUUGAGUUCUGUGUGGUCUUGCUGGGUAAGUUCACCCAAAAUUAUGUCAUUCAUUUAUGCAUUUUUGGGCAAACUAUCCCUUUAACAUGUGUAUUUCCAAACUAAACAUUUGAUUCACAUAUUCUAGUGUUGCUUUCGGUAUUUAAACUAAUGCAUUGUGUCGUGCGUUUUAGAAGGAGGUUAUAUGAUGAUCAUAUGAUGCUUAUAGUUUUGAUAUUGGUGGCCUGGGUGUUUAUGACCAAUUGUACACACAUUUAAACUUGUAAUGCAUUAUUUUAGGACUAUGCUAAAAAAAA